AUGAAUGAGAAACAAAUUCUCGGCGUUGCUGGUAGCAGUAAUGAUGUACACCUUAUGACAUUAGAAUAUUAUAACGAACAUAAAGAUGAACUGAAAGGAGAGAAGGGUGACACCGGACCACAAGGACCACAAGGAAUACAAGGAAUACAAGGAAUACAAGGACCUCAAGGCGAAAACGGUUUGGAUGGAAAGGAUGGAAAGGAUGGAAAAACUGCUAAAUCAUGGAUAUGGGACCUUAUAAAUACUGGUUUAACAGCUGCUUCAUAUGGAGUUCUUCAAUACCAAAUCGGAAAGAUAUGGGCAGUACUUGGUGAAGAAGCUUUAGAUGACGUUAAAAAUGCUUUGAACUUCAUUUCAAAUGGUUCGGAUACUAUUAAAACUUUAUCUGGUUGGAUGCAAGAAACAAGGAGUCAAAUAGAUACUGUAAGACGUAUAGCAAACAAUGCACGUACGGGAUUGGAUACUUUACGAAAAGCACAAAAUACACUAAAGGAAGCAAAUGAUAUUCUUGGCUCAGUAUCAGACAUGCAUGAAGAUUGGCUUAAAGGUAUUGACAAAUCUUUAAAAAAUCACAGUCAGUCUAUUGCUGACUACAAGAAAAGUAUAGAUUUUUUACAUAGUGCUAUGGACGUACAUGAUGGAAGCAUAAGGAACUUACUUAAUGCUAACAAUAACUUACCAGGAACUAUUAAAGCAUUUAUAAAGUCCUUUGUAAAACCCGGUGCUCUAACAUUUAGGUCUUUGAGAGCAAGAGCAUUGAAGUCAAGAGAUGCAGAA